GAGAAGAGACUCGAAAUCAAGGGAAAGGUUCGUGUUUUGCAAAUGAGAUAGCUGCCCAGGAUAUCCUUCCAACAGUUAUCGCAGUUCGAAUGAUUGUAGGGCAAUCAUCCAUCGUUCAACCACUAAUUAGACCCGCUUAUUUUUACACUAUGUCUGGAGAUUUUUACUCCAUCGCCAAGAUCAGUGAAAUGGCCAAAAGUAACGAGAGUGCAGAUCCACAGAACCCUUUAGAGGCCCCCGAGGUUCCUCGCAAUGAAGACGACUCGGACAGCGAGGACAACACGGAGCCUAUCCCGGAGAUCAAAGUAGUGGUAGUGGGGGACGGUGCCGUGGGCAAGACGUGUUUGCUCCACGUAUUCACGCAUCGCGAAUUUCCCCAAGAAUAUGAAGCCACCAUUUUUGAUAACCUGAGCAGGAAUCUGGUUGUUGAUGGCAAGGAGGUGUCCCUUCAGUUAUGGGAUACCGCUGGUCAAGAGGGUUACGAAAGAAUACGCACUUUGGGCUAUGAGGGAACCGAUUGUUUCGUGGCCUGCUUCUCGUGCAAGGAUCAAGUCACGUUUAGCAAUUUGUCAAGUAUUUGGCUGAAAGAACUCCGGAAUUUUGAGCCCAAUGCCAAGAUCUUAUUGGUGGGAACCAAAGCCGAUCUCCGAGGACAAACCGACGGGCCAAACGAACUAGACGGGGAUCCGGACCGAAACAAAGAGGUGUCCUUGAAAAAGAUCCACAAGCUGGUCAGGGACAAGAAGCUAGCCAAUUACGUGGAAACGAGUGCCAGACGAGGAGGCGAGGAUGUGGAUCGAGUGUUCCAUGAAGCUAUUCGGAUUGUUCUGAAGCAAAACCACAAACCCAACAACGUGGGACAAUCUUGGAAAAAGUUGAUUUGUCUUGCAUGAGCAGUAAUCAGUAUGUGUGCCCACUUUUCACAGCCAACUCGAACGAAUUAUUCUCAGUCGAGUUGAAUUAUGAGGAAAAGAAAAACAACAACAUUAUGUUCAACCACCAAAGAUGAGUUUGGUUAAAAUCAUCCGUUCAAGUGUGCCCAAAUUUGUUGUGAAUCACUCAAUAAAAAAUGAAAAUAAAUAAAAAUUAAAAAAAAAAACCGUCUGAUGAUACGUCAAAGGCCCUCAAGCUUAAUCAAGAAGAACAAAUCCUGAAAUGAUCGAAUCAAGUACUGAAUAUAUUUGUUGAUAAUUGGACAGCGGCAGAUCCUUUGGAGGUAGCUUUUUUCUCGUUAAGCCAUGGAAUCAGUCAGGCCAGCCACGUCAGCCAAGCCAGCCACGCCUGCCCUCAGCUACAAAUCUAUGAACCACUCUUCCAGAUCAAAGAUGGUGACCCUCGAUAGCAUUUCAAACAAACACCGGUCCAUUCGUCAUGCCGGCGAAGGAAGUAAUAAUGGGCCACUAUAAAUGCAUAUUUACCUUCAAAUCUCGAGAAUCCUUGGCCAAGACAAAAUAACUGCCGGACAAUGAGUCAAGUAUGAGG